CUUUCUUGCAGCCGAAGCACAGCUUGGCCGCCUUCUUCCUUCCCUCAGCGCUUGAGAUCCGUCGCCAUAGACAUAAAUCUUGAUCCGAACCCCAAGGCUCGCGGAGAAACCGUAGAGCACCCGGGUGAAGAGAGAGCUGACACAGCGCCAUGAGUCGCGGAACUGGAGCCGGCUACGAUCGACACAUCACAAUCUUCUCCCCCGAGGGCCGUCUCUACCAAGUCGAGUAUGCGUUUAAGGCCGUCAAGGCCUCCGGGAUCACGUCGAUUGGAGUCCGAGGAAAGGAUUCCGUAUGCGUCGUCACUCAGAAGAAGGUUCCCGACAAGCUUCUGGAUCAGAUCAGUGUCACGCAUCUCUUUCCAAUUACAAAGUACCUCGGACUGUUAGCAACUGGGAUGACAGCUGAUGCAAGAUCUUUAGUCCAACAAGCAAGAAAUGAAGCAGCUGAAUUUCGUUUUAAAUGGGGUUAUGAGAUGCCUGUAGAUGUUUUAGCCAAAUGGAUAGCAGACAAAUCACAGAUAUACACCCAGCAUGCCUACAUGAGACCUCUUGGAGUAGUUGCUAUGGUCUUGGGUAUUGAUGAAGAGAAAGGGCCUCAACUAUUUAAAUGUGACCCAGCGGGGCACUUCUUUGGGCACAAGGCUACGAGUGCUGGCCUGAAAGAACAAGAGGCAAUCAACUUCUUGGAAAAGAAAAUGAAGAUUGAUCCUGCAUUCUCGUAUGAGGAAACUGUGCAGACUGCAAUAUCUGCUCUGCAAUCAGUUCUGCAGGAGGAUUUUAAAGCAACAGAGAUUGAGGUGGGAGUUGUGAGGAAUGAUGAUCCAGCAUUUAGAGUGUUGUCGACAGAGGAGAUAGAUGAACACCUCACAGCGAUCAGUGAACGUGAUUGAUGGUAGAUUAUUUCAUCUACAGCUUGAUUCAGUUUCGAUUCCAGAGGAGUCAUGCUUGGGACUUUGGUAACUCUCUCUUGGUUUCUGUGAUUACACUGGUUGAGGAUAACCUGAUUUAUCUUAAAACUGAAUGUUACACCAAUAUGCAUGCAUUAGUGAAAAUUUCUGGUCGAACUUUGGAUGCAUGACAAUAUUCAUGUGGAUAUGUUUUUCUCUAUUUAUAAGACAAUAUUCAUGUCA